ACGCAAGGACGCGCUCGUGUUGGUCAGAGGGCUGUAGUGAAGACGCCCCCCUCCAAAGGUAAGAAUCUCCAGUUGCAGUGUGCUGUGUCCGUGGAGGACGGACUCGUGUUGCACCAGCUGCAACGAGGCAGCAUCACCAUGGACGUCAACGCCGAGUUCGUCAAGUGCAUCUACGAGACGGUCAAGACCUCGGACACGUACUGCGAGUACUUUGCGGGCAAGAAGGUCGUCAUUGUGCUCGACAAUGCCCCCGCCCAUAACCAAGUCGAGCUUCGUUUGGAGGAGGUCAUUGCCGAGCACGGUGACCUCGAGCUGCUUCGCCUCGGGCCAUAUUCACCGAUGCUGAACCCCAUUGAAGGGUGUUUUAGCGUCUUCAAGGCGAAAGUAAAGGCGUACCUGUCG